AUGUCCACCGGGUUUUUGAGAACAUCGGGUUCUCGCAUUGUCGAUGCAGAGGACAAAGACGUCCGCCUUCGCGGGACGGCCCUCGGUGGCUGGAUGCUUAUGGAGAAUUUCAUGAACGGAUUUCCUGGACGAGAGCAUCAAAUACGAGCUGCCCUGUUGAAAGUUCUCGGCCAAGAAAAGUACGACUUCUUCUUUGACAAGUUUCUUGAGUAUUUCUUCACCGAGAAGGACGCUCAAUUCCUUUCGUCGAUUGGCUUCAAUUGCGUCCGACUCUCCUUCAACUACCAUCACUUUGAGGAUGACAUGAACCCGUUCGUGAUCAAGGAGGAGGGCUUCAAGCACCUUGAUCGUGCGAUUGACAUUUGUGCCAAGUACGGAAUUUACACCAUUCUCGACCUUCAUUCUGCCCCCGGCGGCCAGAACCAGGACUGGCACUCCGACAACCCGACCGGUUAUGCCGCAUUCUGGGACCACAAGCACUUCCAAGAUCGUGUCGUGAACCUGUGGCAGGUUAUUGCAAAGCGCUACAAGAACAACCAAUGGGUUGCCGGAUACAACCCACUCAACGAGCCGGCCGACGUUGAGUGGACACGUCUGCUGUCCUUCUACGACCGUAUCGUCCCUGCCAUCCGCGAGAUCGACCCUGAUCACAUCCUCUUCCUCGAGGGCAACACGUUCAGCAUGGACUUUUCAGGUUUCACAAAGGUUUUCCCCAACUCGGUGUAUGCCGUCCACGAUUACUGCGGAUUUGGCUUCCCGAACCGUAUUGGUCGGUACCAGGGCUUGAAAGAACAAGAUGCGUACAUUCGUCAGAUGUAUGAUCGAAAGGUUACCUUCAUGAAGGAGCACAACGUACCGAUCUGGAAUGGUUCUACAACAGGCGAAUUCGGCCCCAUCUACGAGCGAGAGGAGUACAACCCCGACUGGAAGGUCCAUAACAACGAGCGGUACGACAUGCUCGACAAGCAAAUGGCCAUCUAUACAUCCGAGGGCAUCGCUUGGAGCAUUUGGGCCUACAAGGACGUCAACGUCAUGGGCAUGACUUAUCUGUCCCCAGACUCUGCCUGGCUCAAACUUCUUGGCCCCAUCAUCCGCAAGAAGCGGGACCUCGCCGUCGAUAGCUGGGCUUAUGAUGACGCGCAUCUGCAACCCGGUCUUUUCGGACCCCUGCACAAGUGGUUCGAAGACAACGUCCCGGCACAGUACAACAAGAAGUACCCGUGGCAGUGGCGCAUGCACAUGCACGUUUUCCGCGGUAUUCGGGGUAUCACCAUGGCCGAGUACAUGAUCCCCGAGUGGGCCGACUACUUCAAGGACAAGACGUUCGAAGAACUAGAUGAGCUGGCGGCCAGCUGGAAGUACGAGAACUGCUGCCAGCGUGAGAGGCUAAACGAGUUGCUUCAGCUUUACGCCCCCAUGGCACCUGAAGAUAAGAGACUAGAAGGAAAGGUUAUCCAGCCCGAGGUUGAGACAAAUGGGGAUAAGCCCAAGGAAACAGUGUCGGGGGUUGGAGUGUUUGAGCUGUCGCCGGAGGAGAAGGCGAAGAAGCUCGCGCAGACCAACGGAACUCCAAUUGCCGUUGCUUCAUGA